CCGAAGCAUGCCCCAGGGCAGCCAUGACUUGCUCGGCUUCAGACAGCGAGAAGAUUGUGAUAAACUGCGGCGGGAUCCGACACGAAACCUACCGGAGCACUUUGAAGACAUUGCCCGGGACGCGUUUGUCUUGGCUGACCGAGCCCGAUGCCUUCAGCAACUUCGAUUACGACCCUAAGUCGGACGAAUUCUUUUUCGAUCGCCAUCCAGCUACCUUCGCUUUCAUCCUAAAUUACUACCGCACGGGUAAGCUCCAUUGUCCGAACGAUGUCUGUGGACCAUUAUUUGAAGAGGAGCUCGCCUUUUGGGGCAUUGAUGAGACUGACGUGGAGGCGUGCUGCUGGAUGAACUACAGGCAGCACCGCGACGCAGAGGAAGCCUUGGACAGCUUUGAGACUCCGGAGCCAGACGUACCUGAGGAUGACCCGGCGCUCACCGGCGGAGUGGAUGGAGACCUAAAGCGGCUUUGCAUGCAGGAGGACGGCCGCAAAGCGACUUGGUGGGAAGUAUGGCAGCCCAGAAUGUGGGCGCUGUUCGAGGACCCUUACUCCUCCAAAUACGCCCGGUAUGUGGCCUUGGCCUCGCUGUUCUUCAUCCUUCUCUCGAUCUCCACCUUCUGCUUGGAGACCCAUGAGGCUUUCAACACCAUCUACAACAAAACAGAGAAUGUCACUACUGGCAACGUAACACAUGAGGAGAUUGUAUAUGAAGUUGUGACAGAUGGCUGGCUGACAUAUGUGGAGGGUGUCUGUGUCAUCUGGUUCACCAUUGAGGUGGUGGCCCGGGUCAUCUUUUGCCCUGACAAGGCAGAGUUCUUCCGUAGCACCCUUAACAUCAUAGACUUUGUGGCUAUUGUUCCCUUUUACCUGGAGGUAGCACUUAGUGGCCUAUCCUCUAAAACAGCCAAAGAUGUGUUGAGCUUCCUACGUGUGGUACGUUUUGUCCGUAUCCUGCGUAUAUUCAAGCUAACCCGCCAUUUUGUCGGUUUACGGGUUUUGGGCCACACUUUGCGGGCAAGUACCAAUGAGUUCUUGUUGCUAAUCAUUUUCCUGGCGCUGGGCGUCCUCAUCUUUGCUACUAUGAUCUACUAUGCUGAACGUAUUGGAGCUGACCCUAAGGAUCCAACUGCUGCAGCCCACACCAACUUUAAGAACAUUCCCAUUGGCUUCUGGUGGGCUGUGGUGACAAUGACUACUCUUGGAUAUGGAGAUAUGUAUCCGGAAACAUGGUCGGGAAUGCUAGUGGGUGCCCUAUGUGCCUUGGCUGGUGUGCUAACCAUUGCUAUGCCUGUGCCUGUUAUUGUCAACAACUUUGGGAUGUACUACUCGCUGGCCAUGGCAAAGCAGAAGCUUCCAAAGAAAAGGAACAAGCACAUCCCAAGAGCGCCACAGCCAGGAAGUCCUAAUUACUGCAAGCCAGAUGCUCUGGCAAUGGCAACUGCUUCUCCACAUAGAUUAAUGGGCAAUGUAAUUGGGCCAGGCUUGGUGGAAUCUGGAAGCAUGAUAGGUACUGGAGACUGUCCAUUGGCACAGGAAGAGAUCAUUGAAAUAAACAGAGCAGACUCUAAGCAGAAUGGUGAUGCAGCUGCCAAUGCAGCAGCUCUGGCCAAUGAGGACUGUCCUACCAUAGACCAGGUUCUUGGGGAUGAGCGCAGUCCAGUCACUGGAGGACUUGGCUCUAACACCAGCCGUGAACGGUACCCACACGACCGUGCCUGCUUUCUUCUGAGUGCUGGGGAGUUUCAGCGAACCACAGAUGGGAACGUUCGGAAAGUCACAGGCUAUGAGAAGUCACGCAGCCUAAAUAACAUUUCCGGGAUGACGGGGGGUCCACUGCGACUCACUCCAAUCACCAACUCCACCUUCGAGACCUUUGAGCCGUCUGGCCUCAGGCGAUGUCACUCCCCCAUCCCAUCCAUCUUGUAGCUCACCCAAAAAGAGAAGACUACAUGCAAAUAACACAAAAGCAAUAACAUUGAAGAAGUGCUAUUUAUAAGCUGUUCUUUUGUGCUUCAUUGCAUUCUCUAAAACUUUUGUGCCAGAAAUCCUUAAUUAUAGAGAUUAGCUAAAUCUAAGACACACAAAAAAGAACAUUUUGCAAUUGCAUUUGGAAAUACAACAAUUUCCACAAACAGACUUUACCUACUAACAGGUCUUGGUUAGUUAAUACUGAGAAUAACUUAGUUGUCUAGUUACCCUAUACUAAUCCUUGCCUGUUGCUGAUUGCCCUGUCACUUUAAUGUUUUAAUUCAAUGCUAAAGAGUAGCUGAGAAGAAAAAUAAUGCUAAGACUUCAGCAAACACAAUAACUGUGGUAUUUAAACUGUACAUUUUUAAAUAACUGCAUAUAGAAUACCCAUUAGUAAACUAAAUAAAGUAAAAGCAUUUAGUCAUACAUCCUCAAAACUCAGCACCUUAAAAACACCUAGCUGGCGGAGUUAAUUUUUUCUUCCUAAUAUAAAACUGCUGUAAACUGAGAGGCCGGAGGGAGAUUUGAUCAACUAAAAGCCUCCACCACAAGCUUGAGCUCUGCUUCUACUUCCUCCCCAUUUCCUCUGUAGGUGUAAUUGAUAGCUGCUUCUCUAGAGUCCCAAACUCUGAGGGGUGUAAAAUAUCUCUAAGUUAGAAGUUGUAGAAACUAAUAUAUUGUUAGUCAUAUGAGGUCUUACAAAGAUUCCAUAUUGAAUCAAGCAAUAAAUAAUUAAUGAGUAAGGGUAUUAUGUUUUUUCUUCCAAAGUGUCACAAGCCAAUAGUUGUUGGGAAUCACUGUCAAAAGGGAUUAACACUGUAGAGCUGGUGCAUGUAACAUUCAUUUUAUUCACUUGGGGAAAAAUGAAAGCAAACGUGAUCACAACAUAUGAACAUGUUUAGGUUGGCCUUCAUUGUAACAACAGAUUUCUUCCAGAAUUUCACCCACCAUCUGCUGUCCUCUCACCUGAGCUCUCCUCCAAACACUGAGCUGUAAAACCUGCUGGUAUUUCUUUGUAAAUCUGUGUUGUCAUACAAUGAUUAGUUUAGGUUUCAAAGAGUGAGAAUGUGGGUGGAUCUUUCAUACAGUAUAAGGAGUAUAUUAGUCAAAUCUGCUGUUAAUCCAAGAUACAUGCCAUAUGGAAAACUUUUUAAGAUUAUAAAAUCAAGUAAUGUUUAAAGCUAAUUGGUCAGUUUUUGAGUUUGGAGAUAAAGUAUAGUUUUGGUUAAAACAAGCAAAAGGGAGAUCAGAGUUUUUUUCAUGCAGUUCUCUUACAUCUUCUGUUUUGUGUUGUAGUUUAACACUUUCAGUGCCAGGCAGUGGAAGCAGAGUCUAGAUUUGUGGUUCAGGAUGGAUCCUGUGUUGAAGCCGUCAGCGUAAGUUUGGAAGUUAACAACAGAAGCCAGUGGUGGCCAUGGUUACCCUUGACUUUAACUGACUUUAUGUUAUGUGUUCAGUACAUGAUGACAUUUUCAGAUACUGCAGCUCAGCAUCAGGAUGAGAAGCUGGGUUUUCCUCAGGUCUGAGUUGAUUGACAUUUCACUUACCGCCACUGCCAUCCAUAGCAUUACUACUUGAAUCUGCAAUCAGAAUCAGUAUUUUUUAGUUUUCUCCCUUUUUGGCUUCUCUGUCUUUCCCUGUUUUUACCCCAAACUUUUCCCCAAACCCCACCCUCCCUCUUUUGUCUGUCCAUCUUGUCUUUUUUUUCGGCUGCGACUGCUUAGUCGGAGGCACCAUGAAUGGCUACUGGAGUGACAGCCCAUGGUAGAAGAGCAGACGCCAAAUGCCAGAAAAGAAGAAGGGAACAACGAGGAGGAAUAUUGAAAAAUGGCUGAGAUUAAAAGGAUUGCAGAGUUUGCCCUGACCUGCAUCUACCUCUCAACAACGAUGCAUCCAUAUUUUCCAACCUGGAUUUGUUUCUUUUGCUUUUUUUAGUUUUAAAGAAAGACACCAAGAGAUAAAUGUUUUCACGUUUACUUUGGUAUUCAUUAGGAUUAAUCUGUCUCAGCAUCUUUGUCAUAAUUUUUCUCUAUAAAGACUUCUAAAGAUUAUGCUUUUUACACAAGAUUGUUGUGCAGAAAUUCUGCAACAGGCCAUGAAGUAAUGGUGAUGGAGGGAAGCUGAGCUGCCCAGACUCCUGCUCUUACAUUCAUCAUUCAUCACUUAUGCUGUUCUGGGAGAGAGAAAAUAAGGUUUUAUUAAAGCAAACAUUUGAUUACUUAUGAUUGAAUAGCUUUUAUUAAGGCAGGCAUCAGUGUUUGCUGGAUAUAUACCAUUUAUAUAUAUAUAUAUAUAAAAAAAAUAUAAUUUUCUUCCUUAUUGACACCUGAGAACACAGUUUAGGAUGAUUUGAUAAAUGCAGAGCUUGAAUUUAUUAAAGCAGAGCUUUUAUUAAAUGCAUUUAAUAUGCAGAUCUUGAAAAUCCAGUUAAAGCUGCGUACAGAGAUCAGAGCUACAGCUACAAUUUGAUUUCAACUUGUGAAGAAAAUGAGUUCAUGUGAUACAACCUCAAAGCUACAGACUCUGUUGCAGAGGACAGUUAAAAGUUAAAGGGCCACUAAUUCAACACUAACUGACAAAUAAAUAUUCCAUUACAAAACAUGGAACUACAAGCAGAAACAGGGACCCCUAAUGCUACAUGCAUUCAUUAAAGUAACAUCACAGCCAGUUGCAUCAUUUGACUAAAAAGGAGAAAUUGUGCAAGAAAAAAAGUUACUUUUUUAUAUACAUUGUAUGUUAAAGACAGACAUAUACAAUUCCCACUCUUCAUUGUCUCUUUAUGGUCAAAUGUUCCUUAUGACUGCAUCAGUCACUUUACCUGAGGGUUCUGCUUGUCACAACACUGUAAAUAUGUAGACGAUUUGCAUGGUCUUCCAACGCAAGCAGCAAGUACAGAUAUGUGAAUAAUAAUGUAAGAAAGCUCGGCAUUUUAGUUUAAAACAUAAGCAAUGUAUAUAAAACAUUUAGACUGCUGUAAGAGUGUGUGCGUCUGGACGCAUACACAUAGCAUACGUUGGCAUGCAGAACAAAGCUACUGUUAUCUCAGUGAAUGCAGGAAGAAACAGGAGGGGCUGAAAUGAUGCAUGUUGGUGGGAACAGAUGAACCUCGCUACUGUAAUGGGGACGGGUGAGGGAGGGACAGAUUAUUUUUUCAGGAAGGGAAGGGGAGCCAUUUCUAGUAACUGCUAUGAAGCUGCUUUGUUAUAGAUGUUGAGAUACUUCAUUUUUAUUUGCUUUUCUAUUCAAGAGAUGUUGAGAAAGCUAUGUAUUUUUCAGAUAUAUGCAAGUAGAAGCAGAAGUUGAACUAAUUCAGUGAAAAUAAAAAAUAUAAAAAAAUUUCUCAACUCCUCUGCUGCAAGUGAAAAAAGAAAACUCUCUCUUUCCAAGACUGCUUCUCACCAAAGUUUCUGCAUUCAUAGUUUGGACACAACAUUCUAACUGUUAGUCUGCAAUGCCCUGAUGUCUAUGGUGUCACUUAAACUGCAGUGAGUUCAGAAGAUAAAAGCAUCUGUAAGGAAAAUUAUAUUUCUAAUUAUUUUAAUGCAGAAAACACUAUAAGGGUGUAUGACUGUUCACUACUAUUUUGCCACAAUUGUAAUUUAACUUUUAAUUCAUGUUCCAGAAGUGAGUAUGUAUAAGAGACAGAAUUUAACUAAGAAGACAAAUAUCUGAAAUUAUGAAAUGAUUUCAUUUGACAUUAGAGUUUGUUGAGCUUCUUUCCAUUGCACAGUUUUUUUUUCAUUCAUUGACAACUCAGGUAUCUAUUUUCCACUACUUUCCUUGUGAUUCCUUUCUGCAAUGUUUUCCAACUUUAUGCAUUGUAUGUAUAGAAAAAAGAGUGGAGAAGAAGAAAUGAACUCUUUUGUGCAUGUUUCUACCACAUGCUCUGGUCACCUCGCUCCAAAAUGCUAUUUUACCUUCACUAUUCAAUUAUGUAUCCUGGCUCCUUGCUCCUUGUGACGUCCCCUUGCCUUCACAUCCCAAAUAAUAGAAGAUCACUUUUGUGAGACACCAGCCUUUUAUGCACAUAGUGCAAUUACAUAAAAUGGCUAAAUGAACUACUUUUUGCACAUGAAUAGAAAAAAUGCUGACUUAAAAGGGGAUUUAACUGAGGAGGAGACAGGAAAAGAAAAUAAGCUGAUGAAAAAACAGUGACAUGUUAUUGAAGAGGUAACACGGUGUAAGUGCUUUAAAUGAUGUGUUCUGAGUAGUCUAUCAACUGAGCAACAUCGAAGAGAGGAGAUGGAGAAGGAAAAGUUCUGGGCAAGACAGAAAAGUGUGAUGAAAUGAUGGAGGACAGAAAGAAACAGAGGAAAAUUCCCUUCAUCAUUGCUGAGCUUCUAACUCAACCAACACUUUCUCAUCAUGAAGAGGACAACAGUAAAUAUCUCCUGUGCUGCUGUUCGACUUCUUUCCUAAUAUUUUCAGUGCAGAAACUGAAAAAUUAUCAAGAGGAAAAAACUGAGUUUUAUGUUCUCACUACUUCCAUUAUCAUAUUCUACAGAAAAGAGGUAUGAAAUCCUUCCACCACUUUUGAAGCAAACGAAGCACAGAAGAAGCUUCACAAAUGAAUAUCAUGAGAGUUGGGUCAGGAGGUCACUAUUCCCACAGCUCCAUAUAAUUAUUGCUUUACAGAUGACAUAUUUUGUUUGAAGGAACUCCAGUCAUAUCUUUUGGUUUAUGUAGCUGUUAGAUCAGUUCAGCUCUACUGAGGACGAUAAAAGCUGAACUAAGCUUCCUACUGCUCCACUCACACUGAUCUGUACUCAGCUACCGGACCUACAAGAAAACAUUGAAGUCUAGUAGAUUUCAGAAAAUACAAGCCAUCUUUCCAAUCUUGCAGUGCAUUUUGAAUGUCUUGUUGACAUGUCCCUAAAGUCCUAAUGCUGUCCAUUUUCACCAACUUUGACAGAAUUUAACCAAAGACAGACACUUGGAUGGACAAAUCAGAUGGUACAAGCAGGAGCUCACUCAAAUUCUCAUGACAAGCAAGAGAGUCUUUCACUGAGGAUUAAGACUUAACUGGAUCAUUUUUGCUUUUUCCAACAUUAUGAUAUCUUUCCAUGCCACCUCCACCACCUUCUCUGCAACUCAGCAUUGAAGCUGCUCCUCAUUUCCAGAAAAUGUUGCAUGGCAUGAAUUGAAACAAUUUAAAACAGGAAAAUGCAAUCAGAGGAAUGAAUAAAAUCCAGAGAAUAGGUCAGUGGGUGAAAUAUUAUAUAUUUUUCCACUUAGUAAUUUUAGAAAAAAAUGCAUAUUUUGCCUUGAACCCCACGACUUGCUGUUAAAAUAAUAAGAAAAAAAAACAUAUCCUACUGAAAACAGCACUUUCUGGAGACACAAUGAAUGAAGAAGCACUUCUGUGUCCUUUUUUUUUCAAAUGAAGAGGAACAGAGAUCCUGCAGACCAUGCUCCUCCCGGAAUGUGAAAGAAGAUAAACUUUAAGACAGCAGGUUGUCAGCAAUAUUAGAACAUCUCUGCUAAGCUAUUCUAGGAACAGAAAUGACAAUGACUUUUUAAGACAUUGUUUACCAGCAUGAAUAUUUUGCAUGACUCCUGCAAGUCACUCUGAUCUCUCCUUAUGAAUAAUAAUUCUACAAAUUUAAGUGUGUUUACUUUAAACUGUGUUUAAAUGCCACAGACUGUACUGACAAAACAUUCAUUUUUGGAUGUAGUAAGAUCCCUAUGCUCAAAAAAUUCUGUGCUUGCUACAAAAAAGAUAGCUACAUCAUACAUGGAAACCCUUUUUAAAAAAUGCAAGUAUAUGUUCUAGUAUAUUAGAACAUUCUAGUACAUUCUUCUGUUUCUCAUACUAUUUCCAAUAUGGCUGCUUUUUUACUUCCUCCCCACAGCAGUUCUUCCUAUUUUUCUUCUUGUAGCUUUUACUCAAACUUUGAACUAUACAAUGGCAGCUGUGUGUGCCUGUGCCAGUAACCGAUGCAAACAUAUUUUAAACUAAACUGUGCUGUCACUGUUUCUGAGAGUCUGAGCUGAAAGUGUCUGCUGUCCCUUUAUGUGGUUCUUCCUGUCUGACCCUGGUAUCUAUGGUAUUAACCUGUUCCAUGUAUUUCCAAAGGGAUUUUUCCCACCACAGCUUUUCUGUUUGUUUAUUUGACAUUAUAAUAUGUCUUUGUCAGGUACUGGGAUGAAUAACUUGAGAACAAUAAUAACAAUAAUAUACGUUGUGCAAGUUGCAUAAAAAAGACCUUAAAUUAAGAACAAACACACAGAUGUAGGCAAUAUUUUAGGCAAAUCUAUGUCACAAAGCUGGCAUAGUAUUAACAUUUGAAACUUCUAGUUCAAAUACUUUUCCAGCCCUUCAGUUUUACUGCCAAAGUACACUACUGGCCAAAAAAAACAAAACAGUCACCUUCUGAAUCUAACUAAGCAAAAAGGUACGUUCUCCUGUUGGAUGAUUAGUGCAUGGGCAAUUAUGUUUCAGCUGGCAACGAGUAAUUUAACCCCAACUGGUGUAAUGAGUUGCUUCUCAUUUUAACCUGGAGAGACUCACACAGAGAAAAACAGCAAUUAGGAAGUUUUAUUGACUUAAAUGAAUUAAAGUUCCUUGGCAGUCGAACCCUGGCAGAAGACAUUGUGCUGUGAAUUGCAAUAAGCUUGGAUGAGCAUUAGCGAUGAUGAUUUGAGACGUCUUCCCCCAGGGCCCAUACACUGGAGGUUGGAAAAAGGAAGGUAGCCUGAAGGAGCCAGGAGCAGAGAGGUGGAGAAGGGGUGGAGGUGGACUGAGCAUGGCUGGAAAGCAGAUGGUAUCAUGGAUGAAGAUCCUCAUAAAUGGAUGAGUGAAUGAUGAUUGGCUAUGACGGGGCAUGGUCCAAUGCUAAUAGACUGUGGUGUAUGAACAACAGCCUAUCAGGUGGCUGACCUGUGUCAUCCACCUGCAAUUGGAUGACACAGGUGAGGCUGAAGAGUUUUUCUGUUUGAAUUUACGUCUAGGCUUCAUUUCUUAAACAACCACGUCUAAAGACACAUCCUGUGGUCGUGGAAAAGAUGUCAGUCUGUUUGAGAAGGGUCAAAUCAUUGGUAUGCAUCAAGCAGAGAAAACAUCUAAGGAGAUUUCUUAAACUACUGAAACUGGGUCAAGAACUGUCCAACGCAUUAUUAAAAACUAGAAGGAUAAUGGAGACCAAUUGUCUUCAAGGAAGAAAUGCGGCUGGAAAGAAAUCCUGAAUGAUUGUGAUCGGCGAUCACCUAAAUGUUUUGAUGAAAUGAAAUUAAAGAAAAACAGUAGAA